AUGUCUGUUGACUACAACACUAUUCAUGCACAUCUAAAAAAAUUGAAAGCGCAGGCUGGUUCUGGUGCUGGUGCUGGUGCAAGUGCAAAUUCUGGUGCUGGUGCAAGUGCAGGAGGUCAGAAUACUACACAGCUUGAUGAAGCUACAGCUGUUACCUAUAUAUCAGCCCUCCGCCAAGACUUGAUUGCCUUGGUGGCAUUGAAUAAAGACUCAUCUCCCAUAAGCACCAAGGUUUUAAAUGAAAUCAUUAUAUUUACAAAGACCCUUGAUUACGUUCCAAAAUCGGACCAACUUUUUCAAUUGUUUGACAGUCAGUUGUUUAAAUCAUUGUUCGAUUUACUUCUGGUAGAAAACAUUCCUAUUGAGAUUUUACGUGGAGUUCUGCGGAUCUGUUUAACCUAUCUCGCUGGUGUAUUACCAAAAACUAGAAAACAAGGCAUGUUUAGAGUACUGUUGGGUGUCUUAUGUGAGCAAGUUAGUAAGGAUGUAAACAGAUGUGAUGUUUUGUUUGCAAACCUAACUGCUAGAGUUACUUUUGCUGACUCAAGGAUGAACUUGAACAUUGUUGAUUUUGUUGCCAAAGUUCUGUACAGGUUGAUGGAAACAAUAGGAUCAGUAUCAAAUGACGCAAACUCCUUGAUCUUGGAGGAGCAGUGGUUACUAAAUGUGGUGCGCUCUUUGUAUAACUCAAACUUCUUUGGCAUAUUAUCAUGUGUUAAGGGAAUUGGUGAAAUUGAAGGGAUGACUGGUUUGAGAGGAAGUAUGGAUUUGACUUACAAGUGGUUAAGGGCUAAAAAGUUUACGGAUGAUACAAAUCCAAUCGUAAAAGAGCUUAUAUCAAUGUACAAAGAAGUUGGAAUUGUUAGUGCUCCUUCUGAUACCGAAAUGCUAAGCAUUUUAACUCUUGUUGGUAUCUUAAAACAACCCAAAAGAUCAUUAAAGAAAAUGUUGGUUGAAUGUAACAUGACCUCCAAGUUUCCAAUUCUGAAGUUUAUUUCAAAAAUAAACGAUGAAAUCACUACAACAAAAUCAUUUGACAAAAUAUUUGGUAAUUGGAACACAGACCUUCUUUUCAGUUUACUCAACGUGAGCACUCGUUGUUGGUUGUUCAGUGGGGCAAAAAUUGAGGAUGGUGAUACUGAGAAGGUUUUGAAUAUGGUCAACAUAGUUAUUCAUUGGCUAUCCGAACAGUUACAAAUUGAAAAAACAGGGGAUUAUGAUGACGACGAAUAUGAUAUAGUUACCUUGUUGGAGACAGUGGAUAGUUUUAACUACCAAAAAAUAAAAUCUCUGCAAUUAAAAGAAAUCCAUUCGAAUUUAAACAAAAAAUGGGAAACCGAAAUGGAACCAUUUGAGAAUUUGAUCCAUCAUCAAGUAGUAGCACUUGUUAAAGAUCUGAGAUUUUUCCAACUAAGUAAGGGAUCUUGGGUAUACUCUUCCAACCCGUUAGAGUAUUCAGACAGUCAUCACUACUUUCUUACGGUUAAUUCGAACUCUCAAUCUAUUGUAUACAAAGAAUUUGCCAAGAGGCCUGAAAAAUCUUCUUUCACCCCUAAUUUAGACAAAGACGGUAUUCAUAUUGAAUUCAAAAGUAUCUUGGCUAUUGAGGCUACAAACCUUAAUCCGAAUGUAUCCAAUACUAGCCUCAUUAACAUACAGAGUGAAAGAAUGGAUGUUAAUCACGUGGAAGUUAUAACCAAAACAGGAAUAUUUUCAUUCUACACUGAUACCAAAAUUCUAAAAGACACUUGGGUUGAUGGUUUGCGGAUUUUGGUAGCAGACAGCAAGCCUGAAUCUCCAGAAAAUAUCCCGAUGAAUCUUUCUGUAUCAGAAGAAUUCUUUGCCAAGAACAGUGUUAGUGAAGAAGUUAAAAAACAAGUUAAAACCCUUGAAGACAUUCGUAUUCGUACCCAAAUGUUGAACCUUGAAGACACAGAAAAGGAUAAUCAACAGUAUAUUUCAGAAACAUCCAUUGAUUGGGCAAGUCUCAGCAGUAAUUUUGUGUAUGAAUAG